AAGAUAACGGGCAAAGUAAUCUCACCGCAGUAAAACUUGAAAGUUCCAAUUCCUGCAAAGCUCUGAACUCCUGUCAAUAUUUUCUAACACAAACGACGGCGAAGUGGGUAAUUAAGUCUUCUUCAAUUCCUAAAUUUCUUGUUAACGGCAAUGCAAGCAACAUGCUUUAUCAUUGACAUUACCUUUGACGUUCCCUCCUAAUAUCAUGAAGCCUCCUUCGCGCCUAACCAAAUUCCCGUAAUUCUGGUCUGAGAUCUGAGUCGCGGACCAGGACACGACAAAUACUCAUAUGUCCCCAAUCGUUUAAGCGCACCAACCGGAGAUCGAUCUGCACUCUAGCUCCAUUGCUUCCUCUUGUAGGAGUUGAUCUGUGGGAAUACAACUUUGGCUUCACAGAUUGCCUUAUAGCACUUCAGUCUCCACAUUAACUUCCUCUCACAUGUAUUGUAGUCUUUGCCUUUUUGGCCUUAAGGAGAACAAAUAUUCCUUAGAACAACCAAUGAUUUUGAGUUUUUACAUUGAAAGGAGGACCUUGAAACGAGCAGGGUCAACAAUUUUGUCUAAUAAGAUUGUCGAAUAACAGAGUUCUCAUGAAAUGAAGAGUUUAACCUCACCAAUUCAAAGUGCUAUGCCCUCUCCUCUUUUUCUAUGGAGGUUUAAGGUGUUACUCUUUCUGACGUGGGGCUUUAUUUGUUGUAAGGUUGGAUGGGAUUCUGUCAUGCGAAUGGAUGCAAAUUUGCGAAAUCUUUUUAUAUAUGAGGCAUUUUUGUAUUAUAACCCUCUUCUUCUUGUGACUAUGAUGGUCUGGCUUUGGGGGGUGAACUUGUGGGUUUUUUCACAGUCCAAUGUAAGCUAUGCAAAAGUUUUUGAUCUGGAUCAAAACCAUCUUACUCACAAUGAAAUAUGGAAGUGUAGUAUAUGGAUGACAAUCAUUGUCCCAAGUAGCAUGACUGCUUAUCUCUAUCUGUAUUCUCAUGGAGAAGUAUCAUUGGCUGCUUCACAACCAGUGCUUCUUUACAUCUUUGUUGCAAUAGUGUUGAUCUUUCCCUUCGAUAUUUUCUAUUUGUCAUCUCGUUUCUUCUUCUUAAGGACAAUGUGGCGGAUAGCUUUCCCUCUACAGCCAAUAACAUUUCCUGACUUUUUUGUGGCUGAUAUUUUCACUUCCAUGGCAAAGGUAUUUUCAGAUUUGGAGCGCUCGGUUUGUAGAAUGGUUAACAGACAGGUUGCCACAAUUGCAUGGCUUGAAGCUGAUUCUGUUUGUGGUAGCCAUUCAAGUGCAAUACCGAUGGUACUCAUGCUCCCUUAUCUCUGGCGUCUAUUACAGUGUCUUCGACAGUACAAAGAUACUAAGGAAAGAACAUGCCUUUUUAAUGCAUUGAAAUAUUCAACAGCUUUCCCAGUGAUUUUUCUUUCAGCCCUUAAAUAUCAUGUAUUCCCUGAGAAGUGGACAUCUCUUUAUCGGCCACUUUGGCUUCUCUCGAGUGUUGUUAAUUCUCUCUAUUCAUUCUACUGGGAUAUUACUCGAGAUUGGGAUUUAAGUAACUUUUCUCGCAUAUUCAGGUUCAACAAACCAACUCUGAUUUCCAACCUGUUUUAUGGGAGAAAAUGGAUAUACUUUUGGGUAAUUGGAAGCAACUUCCUCCUGCGCUGCUCCUGGACAUAUAAACUGUCUGCCCAUCUUCGCCAUAACUACCUGACAGUGUUUACAGUUACUGCUCUGGAAAUGUGCCGGCGUUUCCAAUGGGUGUUUUUUCGUGUAGAAAAAGAGUGGAAUAAGAUGACUCGGUCCAGUGUUCAGCUUACGGAAAUCCCAAGAGAAGAGGAGAAGUUGCUGGGCUCUGACAAUCAUCAAGUAUAGGGAGGCUGAGUCCCUCCAAAUUUUGUCGAGAUUUUCUUUAGAUUCAACACCACCCCCUUUUUUUUUACUUCUAGGCUCAAGCGGUUGAGGCUUGCCUUGCAUGAGAAAGGUGCAUUCGUAUUCCAUUAAUUUGAUAGAUAUAUAAUAUAUGUAGGCUCAUCAUCGUAAAAUUAGAUAUCAGUUCAUUGCCAUUGACUAGUGAAAAUAUACUUUCAAUUUCAGCUUUAGUAUAUGAAGUUUCAAUCGUCCAGAGUACUGGCAGGCUGUAUUUUAAGACACUUUUAUGUGUUAUCAUUUGGUUUAUUUAAGAACUCCAA